AUGAAUUUCCUCAGAAAGAGGAAAUCUUCCUCCAACUACUCGGACGAUGAUGAUGAUGACUUGUUAAACCAAUCACAAAUUCACAAAUCUAGGAAGCCUCCAAACACAGCGUUUAGGCAGCAGAGACUAAAAGCAUGGCAGCCCAUAUUGACACCCAAGUCUGUGAUUCCAUUCUUGAUACUCUUGGCUAUCAUAUUUGCUCCUUUAGGGAUUGCUAUAAUAUACACCACUUAUAAUGUGCAGGAGUUAAAUGUUGACUAUUCGCACUGUGGUUUGCAAAAUGAUACGUUUAGCAGUAUACCUCAUAAAUAUACUGGUUACCACUUUAAGGAUAACGUUAAGCCGGACUUUAAGUGGAGAGCCGAGAAUGUUACAAACAAUGGAGAUACAGUAACACGUUGUUAUAUCCAGUUUAGUAUUCCAGACUUGAAGCCGCCGUUAUUUCUUUACUACAAGUUGACCAAUUUUUUUCAAAAUCAUCGAAAAUAUGUCGAGAGUUAUGAUUUGGAACAGCUAGGUGGAAGGAAUCUAUCGAGUGAUGAUACAACCGAUAAUUGUAAGCCAUUAAAGCAUAGGCAGUAUAACGGUGAGCAGAGGCUUAUUUACCCUUGUGGCUUGAUUGCAAACUCCUUUUUUAACGAUACUAUAGGUCUGCCAGUUUUGUUAAACGCGCGUAAUGGCGAAGACAACCAGACGUAUGUGUUUGCAGACACGGAUAUUGCUUGGCCUUCAGAUAGAAACCACAAAUUCAAGAAAACUACUUACAAGCCUGAGGAUGUGGUACCGCCUCCUAAUUGGGACAAGAUGUUUCCCGAGGGAUACAAUAGCACAAACAUGCCCGAUCUUCAAACAUGGGAGCACUUGCAAAACUGGAUGAGAACUGCAGCUUUGCCCAAUUUUUACAAGUUGUAUGGAAAAAAUACCACCCUGGAGAUGGCUUCGGGUACAUACCAGGUCAGUAUUGAUUUAAACUACCCGGUAGAGAUAUUUGGAGGAACGAAAAGUAUAGUGAUAACAACAAACUCGAUUUUUGGUGGAAGAAAUGUGAGUUUAGGAGUGAUUUACAUGAUAGUCGCUGUUAUCUCUUUGGUUUUGGGAAUUGGUUUCCUAUUACAAGUUUUAAUCAAGCCCAGGAAGAUUGGAGAUCACAAUUAUCUCCAUGAUGGAGAGAUUAAUAAUUAUAGAGAUCACCUUUAG